GGUGUUUUCUUUUUCUUAGCCCUGCCCCUGGAUUGUCAGACGGCGGGCGUCUGCCUCUGAAGUUAGCCGUGAUUUCCUCUAGAGCCGGGUCUUAUCUCCGGCAGCACGUUGCCUGUGGGUGACUAAUCACACAAUAACAUUGUUUGGGGCUGGAAUAAAGUCGGAGCUGUUUACCCCCACUCUAUAGGGGUUCAAUAUAAAAAGCCGGCCGAGAGCUGUCCGAGCCAGACGCGUUCCUGCACCAACGCUGCCAGCACUACCCAGACUAAACUGCUGUCCUAGCGCACUGCCUCCCAGGCUGCCCGCGACGCUUUCGCUCCGGUGAGAGGGCCACUUGCUGCGGACCGCGCUGAGAUCUCAACAACCAGAGGCGAUCACAGCGACCAGACACCGUCCUCUUCGUUUUGCACUGAGUUCCAUUUGCGAUCGAGUUUUUUUCUUUUUUCUUUUCUUUUUUUCCCUUCUUCUUUUGAUCCCUUUGCAGAAUGGAUUAUUUUCCCGUGAUCUUCUCUUUGCUGUUUGUGGCUUUCCAAGGAGCUCCAGAAACAGCUGUCCUAGGAGCAGAGCUCAGCCCCGGAGCUGAGAAUGGAGGGACGAGCUCCCCUCCCAGCACAUCCUGGAGACCCCGCAGGUCCAAGCGUUGUUCCUGUUCUUCCUUGAUGGACAAGGAGUGUGUCUACUUCUGCCACCUGGACAUUAUCUGGGUCAACACUCCCGAGCGUGUUGUUCCAUAUGGACUGGGAAGCCCUUCCAGGUCCAAGCGUUCCUUGAAGGACUUCCUUCCCACAAAGGCCACCAACCAUGGGAAUAGAUGUCAGUGUGCCCACCCAAAGGACAAGAAGUGCUGGAGUUUCUGCCAAGCAGGAAAGGAACUCAGAGCCCAGAACACCAUGCAGAAAGGCUUAGGAGACAUCGGGAAAAGAGACGCUUAUUCCAAGCCGGGAAAGAAGUCUAUCUAUCAGCAGCUGGUGGAAGGAAGAAAAGUCCGAAGGUUGGAGGCCAUCAGCAACAGCAUCAAGACAUCGUCCGUGUCGCAAAGUUGA